AUGGGCUGUUUUGGUAAGCGAAGCCAUAAGAAGAAAGAAAACAAAAAUCAAGCAGCUACUCCUCCCGGAGGACGUGAUUAUUAUCCUACCAAUAAAACUUAUUACGGCACAGCAGCUGGUAAAAGAGGCAACGUUGACAGCAGAGAUGGCGGAAUGGUAUUUAUGACUGGCUCUGCUGCUGCUGUAGUAGCUACGAGUACUGUGUUAGGAGGAGGCUGUGGCGGUGGCGGUGGCGGUGGCGGUGGCAGUGCUUGUGGCGGAGGGGGUGGCGGAGGCUGUGGCGGUGGAGGCUGUUAA